AUGAAGAUCGUCCCCACGAAGAUCAGGAAACUAUGGAGUGCGGAAGAAAUCCGCAUCCUGGUCCUCCUCAGCCUCGGCUUGCAGAUCGUCCUCAUCGUCGCCUCCCUCUUCCGGAAGCGGUGCCAGAACAGGCUGUUGAGCUUCAUCCUCUGGACUUCCUACCUGGGCGCCGACUACGUCGCCGCCUUGGCGCUCGGCAACCUCCUCAACGACCAGACCGAGGCGAGCGAACGGAACAUCAACGGCGACCUCACCGCCUUCUGGGCUCCCUUCCUCCUCGUCCACCUCGGCGGCCCCGACACUAUCACCUCCUACUCCCGGGAGGACAACGAGCUCUGGCUGCGCCACCUGCUCGGGAUGAUUCUCGAGGUCUCAGUAGCCAUCCUGGUGUUCCUCGAGUCGCUGCCGAGCCCUCACCUGUGGAAAGUCGCCAUCGUGGUGUUCACCGCUGGAAUCCUCAAGUACGCGGAGCGGACGCUGGCGCUUCGGUCGGCCAGUAUGGACCAGCUGAGGAAAUCCAUGAUCAGCAACGCUCCUAACUACGCCAAGUUCAUGCAGGAGUAUCACUGUCGUGUUGCUUGUGGGCUGAACGCAAAUAUCUCGGUAGAUAAAGUACCACUGCCCCCGCUUCCUAAAGAAGCAGUCUGCUCUAUAUCCGAAAAGGACAUCAUAAUCGGGGCAUAUCGCUUCUUCGAGACCGCCAAGCGCCUCGCCUUGGACCUCUGGCUGGGAUUACAUGAUCGGACAGAUAGCCAAAACUUUUUUCUGCAGCUUGAUGCCAUCCAUGCUUUCCAGGUGGUGGAGGUGGAGCUCUCUUUACUGCACGACAUCCUCCACACCAAAGCCGUCCGUGUCCAUACCCUACGAGGUCGCCUGGUGCGAGCCUUGUCGCUCUCCUUGGUAGUCCUCGCCUUCGUGCUCUUCCGCCGUAGCGGGAGGCAUAAUUUUAGCGACGCCGACGUCAUCAUAACUUACAUCCUUCUUAUUGUCGCUCUUGUGCUCGAGGCCAUCGCCGCUGUCCUGCUCGUAUUCUCGGACUGGACCAUCGUCGCGCUGCAGGACAGCGGCAAGCUGGAGAGGCCCUUCAUCGCUCGCCUGAAAAAAAUCAUCAGGUUUUUAAAAUUGGAUCUUGCAAUCGUCAAAUUUCGUGGUGGCACAAGGUGGUCGAAUUCCAUGAGGCAGUGCAACCUACUAUGCAUCUGCCUCGGAGAUUACAAGCAAACCACGUUCACAAGAAUACUGCAUUUCCUCGGAUUGAAAGAACUGUGGGAUAGCAAUCGGCCCGUGGAAAAUACCACCGUAGGGGAUGAUCAGAAGACGCUCAUCUUCGAGGAACUGAAGAAGAAAACAUACGGCGCCGAGGGAGAGUCCAACGAGUACAAGCGAUUGCGAGCCUGCAAAGGCGAAUGGGUGCUUCGGGAAAAGGGCUACACGGACUUCGACUGGAGCAUGAAUAAGGAAUUCGACGAAAGCUGGAUCGUCAUCAGUGCCGUGUGGGUGGAGAUGUUGUGUCAUGCGGCCAGCAGCUGCAACUCGUAUGCUCACGCCAAGCAGCUGAGCCAGGGCGGAGAGCUCCUCACCCUUGUCUGGUUACUCAUGGCUCACAUGGGAAUUGCUGAACAAUACAGGAUCGAAGGAGGCGAUGCCAGAGCAAAAUUUGUAGUCGAGAUCUAAUCACAAGAACCAGAAAUUUAGAAUCGCUCCAAUUAAAUCCCUCGCAAUCCAAGAAUUUAGACCGCUCUCUCGUCCUUCCCUGCUCUUCUGAUUUCAUCGCAUAAAAAACGGUGUCAUGUACCCAUGAAAAAUUGCAGAGGUGAUGUCAUCUCUCACAAACCUCU